GGACUCGUGCUUUUACUGGUUGUCGGCCAUCUCCUGGUUUCCGGAUCUGUGACCCUGUCACUUAUUUUUUGAUCUGCAAAUAUGGAAUACUGGAUGACUCAAAACUUAGAGGAAGACGUCAAAGUGAUUCGUUGAUUUGAAAUACUGGACUGACUCAUCUUACAACACCGAGAUACUGAUACGUUGACUUGUGUCAUCAAAGGAAACACAACAAUCACCAAGGACCUCAACGCUCAACCAAGAAUCAGACCCUCCGAUUCUUGAGUCCAAUCAACCAUUAUCUUAGCUGUAACAACUCCAUCCAUCAAGUUAGAACACCAAAAGGACUAACCGUAACGAUGCCCAUCCUCGUCCGCCCCAUGCGUCCCUCGGACCUCCCAGCACGCGAACGCAUCAUGGCCGCCGCUUUCAGUGCAGGUCUCCGCCCCCACAUCUAUCCCAACGGUACCACACCAGAGGAUACAAUCCGCAUGUUCACCGACACGCUCUCGUCCAUGCAAUCCAAAACCUCUCAGUCCGCCGAUCAACCCGGCUCCCGUCUCUUCGUGGCUUAUGACUCCGAAGUCCCUGCUCUACCCUCUGAUCUAGAGUUUCCAGAAACUUGGGAGAAGAAGACAGAAGUGGAAUUGACUGGAAAGGCGAGGGAGGAGGAAAAGAGGAUUGUCGGUUUGGCGCUUUGGCAGCUUCAGCCACUUGCGAGGAGGCAGGAAGAUGUGGAUAAGGAGAAGGAAAGUGCAGAUGGUGAUUCCAGCCAUGCACCUUCCGCCAAUGCCGCACUUCUUGACGGGUUUGCGGAAGCACUCACAGCGGCUAGAGACCGAUGGAUUGGAUUGGAAGCAAAUCUAUAUCUCAAGGUACUUGCUAUCGACCCUGCGUACCAGCGCAAGGGCGUAGGGAGUUUGUUGCUGGAUGAGGGGUUGAACAUUGCGGAUCGCAUUGGUUUGCAGGCGUAUCUUGAGGCCACGGAGGUGGGAAGGCCGCUGUACAAGAGGAAAGGAUUUGAGGAUAGAGAUUAUAUGGAUUUUGAUGUGGCUAAGUAUGCGCCGGCUGCUGAGGGAGAAGAUCAUAGGUUCAUGUGUAUGGUGCGCCCUGCGCCUGCUGGCGGGAAGAAGACUGUUGGAGGUAUCAAGGGAGCAAAUGAGGAACCGGGCGGUAAUGAAGUUGUUGAUGAGAAGGCUGAGUAGAACUUUGCAGUCCAACAUGAGUUAAUGGCAAGCAUAGAACUUCAUUAUUACGACUACUGGGAGUGCAGACUAUCUCCCUCAUUCGAGCAAAAGAAGGAAAAAAAGGAAAGAGGCAACGCAAAGGAUCGAAUCCGCAACCUUAUGGAGCAAAAGCAAUAGACCCGC